AUGCCGACGUCAAAAGAGCCUGUCAAGGAAGACAGCACCUGGCGUCAGCGCUCGGAAAUCGAAUCAAUGGCAGAGUUAUCCCCGCAGCUAGAGAAGGAGCUUGAGAGACUGGACAAGGAAUUGUGGAUCUCGAGUGAGAAGCUGAAAGAAAUAGUGCGGCGCUUUCAGGAGGAGCUUGACGAAGGCCUUGCGAAAGACGACCAAAAUAUUCCCAUGAACGUGACAUGGGUGCAUUCCCUGCCUACGGGCAAAGAAAAGGGCACCUUUUUGACCAUCGAUUUGGGAGGCACCAACCUACGUGUAUGUAAAGUGACGCUACACGGUGAAACGACAAAGGAUAAUAAUAAAAGAUACGAGAUUGACCAGGAACAAUACAAGUUCCCCAACUCCAUCAAAUCCACCCACGCUGACGAGCUCUGGACGCACGUGGCCGAGAAGCUGGAGGACUUCAUCGAAAACAAGGGCCUGGCGAAAGAGUACAACGACAAGAAGAAAAUGCCCCUCGGAUUCUGCUUCAGCUACCCGGCAAUGCAAGACCGUAUCGACCAUGCCGUACUACAGCGCUGGACCAAGGGCUUUGAUAUCGACGGUGUAGAAGGCCACGACGUAGCCGAUCAGCUGCGCGCUAAGAUCGAGGAAAGGAAAUUACCACUGGACCUUAUCUGCGUUAUUAACGACACUGUCGGCGCAAUGGUUGCUUCCGCCUACAAUGACCCUGCCACCAUCAUCGGCGGCAUCUUCGGAACUGGAUGCAAUGCCGCGUACAUGUCCUCUAUCUCCUCCAUUAAAAAGCUCUCACCCGACGAUGAAAGACUGAAAGACAAAAAUGGGAACACGAGACCCCGGAUGGCAAUAAAUUGCGAGUACGGCGCUUUCGACAACGCACGCAAGGUGCUUCCGUUGACGAAGUACGAUGUACAAAUUGACGAGGAAAGCCCUAGGCCCGGGCAGCAGAUGUUUGAGAAGUUAUCUGCGGGUCUGUACCUGGGGGAGAUCUUUCGAUUGAUUCUGGUGGAACUUACGGAUCGGGGGCUUAUCUUUGUGGAUCAGGAGAAAAAUGGCAAUGGGAAAUUGCGAGAGGGAUACUCAAUCGACACAGGCUUCCUCUCACAGAUUGAGAACGACGAGACUAAGGACUUCGCCGAUACUCGGGCCAUGUUCAAGGAUGUGCUCGGAUUGGAUGUCGCGGACGAGGAAUUGGACGUCUUCCAGCGAGUAGCGAAACUCAUUGCAGUCAGAGGCGCGCGGUUGUGUGCUUGUGGCGUUGCGGCGAUUUGCUUGGAGGAAGGAAUUACGAAAGGGCAUGUCGCUGCGGACGGCAGCGUAGCAAACAAGCAUCCGCACUUCAAGAAGAGGUGGGCAAAGGCGCUGGAUCAGAUAUUAGGGUUUGACAGUGUAGGCGAGGACCAAGAUCCUAUCGUCAUCACAAGUGCAGAUGAUGGAUCUGGAGUGGGCUGUGCGAUCAUAGCGGCUAUGGAGAUGGAGGAUAGAUUGCAAUGGCAGGCUGUGUGA